UCCAUGGAUCUCUUCAGCUUCAGCCCAGUUCUUCAGUCUCCAACCCUAUAAAGCAGGUCUCCUCUCCCAUGGCUCCGGUGGUGACUGCGUCUCCUCCAUCGCCACUCCAUCUACCGCAUUCUCCGUUGCGACUCCGUCUUCCUCCAGAUCUACCGCCGCCGUGGUCGUGUGCUACUGUGCCGUUUGAAUCUCUCUCCCCGCCGGAACCACCGGACCCUUCCGACGCUUCCUUAAGCCUCGUCAUUCAUCGGCUCUUUGACACACCAUUCACCUUUUCUCAAGCAUCUUUCAACAUUCCAAAUCUGGCUAGUGAUGUAUGCAGUGUGAUUUUUAGCCGACUUGUUGUUUGGAGACGUCACUGUUCUUCUCUUACUUGUGUUGGUUCGCUUACUCUCCCGUUUAUUAUGAUUGAAGGAAAACUCGUUGAUACGCUUAUCCCGGUGAAUCGGGUUAUGGAGGAAUUUCAUUACCCAAUGGAUUCCUUUGUGGAGCAGUUUCUUUUCCCAAUAUUUCUUUCUAUGUGGAGUGAAUUGGAUGGCCAAGCGUCGCUAGUAUUGCAAGGAUCUUCUCCUGGCUGA